UCGUCUCGGUUAGUAACGAUUGAAAACUCUCGGGUGUCCGCAAAUGCCACUGGUUCGGGCUUUCUUUCUUUCUUUUUUUUGUACGCAGUGGACUAUUACCAUAAAAAUUGAUCACGGACGCUGCGGUAUUCAGGGAUAGAAGAGAAAGUGUUUUUCGUACAAGAGAAGAAAAAAUUGCUGCACAAUUUCCAAGCGAAUAAUUCAAUGAUAUAAUUAUAACUAGAUCGGCAUAGUGAACGUGAACCUGUGUGCGCAUAAUGAAAGUAUGAAUAUUAUAUUCCAGCACAGAAUGAGAGUGUAUGAUAAGUUGAGUUAUUAUUAUUCAUAAAAAGCCAGGCUGAAUUUUAAUGAAAGUGCUUCAUGGAGUAUAAAGGAAUGUCGGAUGUGGAUUACGCUUGGAAUAACUUGAAGCAGAGAGAGAGCAGAAGUUGUGAUUCAUUACGAUGCACAAUAAAACAUGAGUAUUAAUCAUUGCCCAAACCCGACAACAGCAGCAACAGUCACAACCGCCAACAACUGCUCGGAACAAUAAAAGAUUGAUAAUAAAAACAGCACGACCACUAUAAAAUGCUGCUAUGAGGCAUCCAACGUUUCGGCUUAUAUUAACCCUCGUUUCGCUGCACCACCUCACCGGAUCAAUACAAGUCGGUAAAAUCGGGCUAAAUGAUAACACUUUCAAAACAAUACCGCGACACUUCUGGCAAGACAUCUCCUCCCCGUACACCGAUCUGCCAGAUGACGACAUCGAAGAGGAGUCGGAGGAAAGCACCACCCAUGACCCGUAUCCGUUUUUCGACGACACGAACAUGACGGCAAAUGUAACCACACAGCUUGGCAACGACGUGUAUCUGCACUGUCGCGUAAACGAUUUGAGGGAACGAACUGUAACCUGGGUGCGCCGGAAAGGUGAUGACAUUCAUUUAAUCACAGUAGGCCGUCACACGUACAGCAGUGACUCUCGCUACUCGUUGCAGUAUCAGACACCGAAUGAUUGGCAGCUCCUGAUCCAGUAUGCAAAUGAACGAGAUGAGGGCCUGUACGAGUGUCAGAUUUCGUCCCAUCCGCCUCUGGUGUUUCUUGUAUAUCUGAUCGUAGUAGUGCCCAGAGUGGAAAUCGUCGACGAGCGAGGCUUAGCUACUAUAGACAAAUUUUACAAAGCAGGUAGCACCAUCGAGCUCAAGUGUAUCAUCAGCAAGGUCCCGCAGCCUACGAGCUACGUGACGUGGAAGCAUGGUAUGAGGAUGCUGAAUUAUGACACCAGCCGGGGCGGAAUCAGCGUAAAAACUGACCUACUGACAGGUGGCGCCAUGAGCCGAUUGUACAUUGCGAACGCCAAUCGGUACGACACCGGAAACUACACGUGCGCUCUGGCUGACAUCGCCCAGGCAACCGUAGCAGUCCACGUUCUCAACGGUGAAAAUCCAGCUGCCAUGCAGCAUGGUGGAUGCACUGAAGGUCGUCCACUGACCAGUACUAUGCUGCUGCUGUUUCUGGCGCUGGUAAUCUGUACUAUCCGGUGACUAUAAGUGCCAUCUGUCCUAUCCACUGCGAAUACUAAACACCCACAUUUGUUUAAUCAUUUAUCACUGUGCAAAAUCGUUAGUUCAGCUACCAAAGACUAUUGUGCAAGAAAAUUAUUACAAGCUAGUAACACUUAAAAACUACAUUUACCAAACACGUAUCUAUCUGAAAAAAACGAAACAAAUAACUUAAAAAAAAACUAAAUUUUGUAUCAAACGACCAGAUGUCGUCCUGAUCGACAAAUGUCAUGUAGCAAUGUUAGAUUUUUUGGUGUAUCUUUCCUACGAAUGUAUAACAGUACCCAUGAAUAUUAAAAUUAAAAUUAUUUCCUCGUCAUUCUUAGCUACGAUAUCGAUGGAAGCAAAUGUCAUGACAAAUGUGUUUACAUUCGCGCUGUUAAAUUAUUUUUCAUUUUAAAAUGAAAAUCAAGCAAUACUUCUCUGUUCAUUUUCGGGAGAAAAAAUCAAAUGUAUACUUCACAUACUAUCCGCCGAAACCAAUGAAAAAAAAACUAGGUAAGAUGUCAAGAUUCAUCCUGAAAAGAAUCUGAAAACAUUUUGCAUGGCAGGCAGGGGAAAAUCGUUCAGUAUUACACUCUAAACGUCAUUAGCCAAAAUUGACACUGUUUGUCUAAUAUUACAAAAAGUAACAAUAAGAACAAAGCAUGAAUGAAAAAUGUCAGCCAGUUUCAAAAUGUCAUAGCAAGCGGAUUCAGCAUAUAUCUUUAUAGAUAGUAAUAUUUUAUGGAAAUUUUAAUCGUCCAUUCAAACCAUUUCUUGUCACAGAACGGUCUCCCAAAAAUCAAGGCCAACUUGUCAAAAGUCGUAUUUGUCAGCAGCAUAUUAUCGAAGUUACUAAGGCAACCGAAACAAAUGUCCCAUAUCAAACUUUUUCCGACCUUUUCUAAUCUAAUUAACAAACAAAAACUGCACUGUCAAUGGUUUAGAAGAACAAACUAAAUGAAAAUGAAAAAUUUAUUUACUGUGUUUCAAGGGAAAAAAAAUCAUACAAUUAACGAGUCAAGUUGCGCUACUAACAUGUUUGUAGUUUCCAAUUGAGUAGAAUGUGAUUCUACCGUGAUGAUUCUAUUAGUAGAAAUGAACAAAAGAUAAAAUUGGAAGAGAACCUUUAUAUACCGAAAACCAAAUACGAUGGCGCUUAACGAAAACGGAAACAUUGAGUGAAAUUUGAUAGUGAGUAAAUUCUAUAGAAAUCCAAAUGUUGAUUUUAUAACCUGUAUAAAUAUAAUAUAAAAUAAUUCCAUAUAAGUGUAUUGCGCAUAAAAUAAGUCAUCAAAAACAAUGCUUGUAUUGGGACAUGACCAGUGGCUGCCAGACCAGACAGCCACUCGGAAAAUUUAAAAUAAUACCCAGGAACUAACGAGUGAAUAAAAGCUUUUAUAUCAACGAAUCGCUACCAUCGGCAAUGGAACGAAUGUUCCUAGCUAAUUGCAAACACGACUAGCAAUAUUUGGAACCAAUUAGGAACGAAAUUCAUUCAUCGCCGUUGUUACGAGAGAGAGGUAUAAAAGUAGAACCAGUAAAUAAACCCUAUUUAUGAAUAAUCCCAAUACGUUGAUGGACAAACUGAUAUCCAAAAGCACACAUGUGGAUAAAUUUAUGCGCAUGCAGACGGUGUUGUGACUAGAGAAAACCAAAAGAAAAUUAUGUCAGAAUAUUUAUUUUACGAAUCUCUGAUAGAUAAAGGAAUAUGCAUUUUUAUAACCACAUAUAUAAAUAUACAGUUCAACAGAAAGAAGAAAAAAAAAGGUAUAACUGCAAACCCGUACAUAGGAAUAGAGAGGUGAAUUUUAUAUUCAUUUUAUAUAAAUUUAAAUUAAUAACAGAACAAACUUAUCAAACUGAUAUGUAAAAUGAUGGUUGUGGUCAAAGCUAUAUGAUUAACAUAAAUAAUUCAUAUAAUAUUAGAUAUAUCCGAGGUACAGUAAUAAAAGUAUAUUAAUAA